AUGGUGACAAUGAAUGAGAGGGACAAAAACUUGAUUACUGUGACAGAUCAGUCGGUGAAAGCAUUUGCUGAGCACUGUCCUGAGCUUCAAUAUGUAGGCUUCAUGGGUUGUUCAGUCACUUCUAAAGGAGUCAUUCACCUAACCAAGCUAAGAAACCUUUCCAGCUUGGACCUCCGUCAUAUCACUGAACUGGAUAAUGAAACCGUAAUGGAAAUUGUCAAGAGGUGCAAAAAUCUUAGCUCUCUCAAUCUCUGUCUGAACUGGAUCAUAAAUGACAGGUGUGUGGAGGUCAUUGCAAAGGAAGGACAAAACCUGAAAGAACUAUAUUUGGUGUCCUGUAAAAUCACAGAUUAUGCACUGAUAGCCAUUGGGCGGUACAGCAUGACAAUAGAGACUGUGGAUGUUGGAUGGUGUAAGGAAAUUACAGACCAAGGAGCCACCCUGAUUGCACAGAGCAGCAAGUCUCUGAGAUAUUUGGGGCUGAUGAGAUGUGAUAAAGUCAACGAAGUGACGGUGGAACAGCUGGUGCAGCAGUACCCCCACAUCACCUUUAGCACCGUCCUGCAGGACUGCAAGAGGACCUUGGAGAGAGCCUAUCAGAUGGGCUGGACCCCCAACAUGUCUGCCGCCUCCUCCUAACGCUCCUGCCCCGCCUAGUCCGCUGGCACCCAUUCAGCAGAGCAGAGGAGAAUUGUACAUUUGGGGGGCUGAUCUCUCGGAAGGGUUUUAACUGUCGCCUGUCUGUAUGUGUUCAAGUAUGUGUAUUUGUGUCUUGUUUGCAUACUGCAUACCAAAAGUGCAGUUGUCAUUUGUUCCCAAGUGAGCUGGCUUUUUUUCUUAGAAAUUAAAGAUUAUGAAAGCCACAAACUUUUUAGUUUUUAACUUCAAAGGCUUCUUUCUCUUUAAAAAAAAAAAGUUUUUUUAAUAUAGAGUCAAAAAAUUGGAUGUAUUAUUUUGAGCUUCUAAUUGCUGCCACUUGGAGAUGUCCAAAUAAGAAGGCCUUCUUUUUACAUGGGAUGAAUUGUGCACUUCUGCUGAUGACGACUACAAUAGAAGUGAUGUUACACGUACAGGCACUUACAUUCUCACAUACUCACACAUGUGUGCACAUCUACACCGGGGCUCUGAUCUACUCCAGAUCAUUUCCUGACAGAGAAGCCUUCUUCCAGGCCACCGAGGUAGCAUGUUAUCCACUGUGGCACUGCCUAACUCCAUGCAUCCUCAGGUGGCCAACUUGCUAUCUGGUAGGUGACUUGGGGACUAGAAAGAAUAAAGCCUUUUCUAAAUUUGUUAUAUGGAGGCAACAAUCUGAACUCCCCUGGCCAGCUCACAAAAAUUAAUUAUACAUUAUUCUACAAAUGCAUUCUGUUGAGCACUAAAUAUUUUAGUUGGUUUUACGUUAACAUUGUGUUAGCUUUUAUUUCCUGGAUAGUAACUGGUCAGGAUAUAUUUUAAUGAUAUUUGAAACUAAUCUUAGCAUUGAAGCCACCAAUGUAAUUAAUGGUGUGCAAUUAUUUUAAAAAGUACAGAUCAUUUCAUUAUUUUCUUAAUUUUGGUAAUUAUUAAAGUGUAUUUCUGAGAUACGAGAGGGUAGUCACAUUAAUAGAAGAUUCAUGAGUGAGAUAUAAGUAGACAAUCUUUCUACUGUUGUUGCUUUUUUUGCUUUGCUUUGGGUUUUUGAACAGGUUUUUUGGAUAUGUGCAUGUUGUCAUUUUGGACUAGUUCUCGUGCUACUACAAAGAUCUAUUGCUAGCUAAUAUAUGAGUUAAGAAAGAAAAUUAGAAAAUCCGUUCAUUGAAAUUCUGUUUACACUUGUCAGAAAUAAGCAUUUCUUUGUUUAAUUAAAGAUUGCCAGCUUCAGUUAAGACAAGACCUAUCAGUAAAUGAAUAUAUGUUUUGAUUUAACACAUCUUUACAAUUAAUUCAUAUUAGGGACUCAGGCUCAAAUAACUGUUCCUGUGUCUAGAUUUAUAAUGAGGACAUCAGGGAGCCUUUUUAAGCUAAAGAGUGAUUAUCUUUCACAGCAGAACUAGAAACAAAACCUAACUUGUGAAUUUGCUAUUUAUUUUUCCCUGAGUGAAUAUAACUGUUAUUUGGUCUUUAACAGAUAUACUGAGGUUUGAGUUUCACUUUCUUUAAGUCUCACAUUGCUAACAUGACAUUAGCUGUAAGAAGCAAAAGAUAGCUUUACAUUUGAAUGCCAUUUACUGAUUUCUAAUGAUUCUCUUUUUUUGUAAACAACUGUUUCCUUUGAUUAUGUCAACAUGUUUCUGAUGUGGCAUUUUUGUUUUAAUCCCAAUCAGUUAGGAAAUCUAGUCAGUAAGCACCAUGAGUGUUCUUCCCGUCACUAAAUGAGUUUCUAAUUUAAUUUGAAGGGAAUAAAAUUUGUGUAAGAAAAAAGCUGUUUAACAUUAAUAAACUGUAUUUCUUCUUACACAUUGAACUACAUCAUUUUCGUAUCUACUUCCCCACCACUGAAAUAGCUUAUUUCACAAUAUUUUAACUGAUUUUUAAUCCAAACUAAUUUAUAAGACAGUAUGUAUAGUAAUAGUAGCUUGAGGGAAUAUGCAGAAGUUUAAUUUUUAUAUAUGUCAUACUAUAUUUUAAAUAGUUAAAAAAGACAAAAGAAGGGAGAGCCAUCUAUGAUAUAGAUGGUACCAUUUCAGUUCAAAGUGGUAAUAACCUUUGGAGUGUUACAGUUUGGUUGUCAAAUGGUUUCAGAGUAUAUAAUUGAUUUUUUAAACGUUGCAUUGUUUGCAUCUAAAGUACAGCACUAUAACAUGCUUUAGCUUGCGGGGUGGGGUGGGGUGGGGACUUGCACUUAUUCUCUAAAAUGUUGACUAAUCCAGAAAGCCUGAUGCAACAUAAUCUGGAAAACUGCUUUGGUACAUUUGUAGAACUCCAUAGAAAUACCAUAUCCAGCCUCAAAGCAUUAAUCUCAAAAAAAAAAAAGAGAAAAAAAACCAGCCAGUAAAAGGCAUCACCUUGAGUGAUCCUGUGAUGGUUAUUGAAUGUGUUCUCAUUAGAUGCUUUGAAAUGAGGCUUAAAAUAAUUUUUCUGGGCAAUAUAGGGUUUCUUUUUUUUUGCUUAGAAUGUCAUAAAUACAUGUGAAUACGUUUAGUGCAGGGCUUUUUAUUCUCUCCAAAAUGUCAACAGUAUUUUCAGAAUAAAGACUAUGAAAUAUAUUGCUGUAGUGGAAAAUUCUGGUCCUUUGUCUUUAAUGUCUUUUUGAGUGGAUAAAGAAAAUUCACCCGGUUUGUAGUUUCUAUAUUUCCGUGAAUCUUUGACCUUGCAAUGGGUUGCAAUAAAAGAGAAACAAAACA